AUGGUGAUACACGCCAAUUCGGAGCUGUUUCAGAACAGACAUUUCUCCCUCGGACAAACAGAGGACCUCAGAAACUGGCAGGGCUUAUCCCCGUCCACCCCUGCGGCCGAAGCUCUUCUCCCAAUGACCGUACAACUUCCCCCUUCGGAUCUGCUUACCAGCAACGGGACCAACUCAACCAACGGCGGGGACGACGCAGUCCCGUACGGCGACGUGGAGAAGAUUGUAAUCGGCAUCGUGUUGUCCAUCAUAAAUCUCACAACGAUCGGUGGGAACUUGUUGGUCAUCAUCUCCGUGUGUAUAGUAAAGAAACUCAGGCAACCCUCCAACUACUUAGUGGUGUCCCUCGCCGCUGCCGACCUCUCGGUGGCGUUGGCGGUCAUGCCGUUUGUCAUUAUCACGGACCUCGUCGGUGGCGAGUGGCUUUUCGGGAAAGUUUUCUGCAACGUGUUCAUCGCCAUGGACGUCAUGUGCUGUACAGCCUCAAUUAUGAACCUCUGCCUCAUCAGCGUGGACAGGUACCUGGGGAUCAUGCGGCCGCUCACCUACCCGGUGCGGCAGAACGGGAAGCUGAUGGCCAAGAUGGUGCUGACGGUGUGGCUGCUGUCGGCCUCCAUCACGCUGCCGCCGCUGUUCGGCUGGGCCACCAACGUGACGGCGGAGCGGGCGUGCCUGAUCAGCCAGGACCUGGGCUACACGGUGUACUCCACGGCCGUGGCCUUCUACAUCCCCACCGCCGUCAUGCUGAUCAUGUACUACCGCAUCUACCGCGCCGCCCAGGUCAGCGCCGCCCGCCACAAGUUCAUCAGCUUCCCGCGGCAGAGCGGGCGGCCGGGGGCGGGGGGGUCCGGGGGGGCAGCGGGCGGCGGCGGCGUUGGCGGGGUCGCCGGGGCGACGGGCGAGCGGGGCCCGGGCGAGCGGCGCAUGCCCCGGCGGGAGCGGCUGCUGGAGGAGUGCGCGGCGCUGUCGCGGCUGCUCCGGCCCGAGCGGCGGCAGGCCUCGGUGUUCAAGCGGGAGCAGAAGGCGGCGCGCACGCUGGGCGUGAUCGUGGGCGCCUUCACCUUCUGCUGGCUGCCCUUCUUCCUGCUGUCGGCCGCCCGGCCCUUCGUCUGCGGCGUGGCCCGCAGCUGCGUGCCCCUGCGCCUGGAGCGCACGCUGCUCUGGCUGGGCUACGCCAACUCGCUGCUCAACCCGCUCAUCUACGCCGCCUUCAACCGCGACCUGCGCGCCACCUACUGGAACCUGCUGCGCUGCCGCUACCGCCACAUCAACCGCCGCCUGUCCGCCGCCGGCAUGCACGAGGCGCUCAAGGCCAAGGACCGGCCCCAGUGCAUCCUGUGAGAGAGGGGGGCGGAGCUGGG